CUAUUGAAAAUAAGCAAAUAAAAAUAAACUGUUUUGAGCAAUGAACUCAUGAAGAUGUAUCAAAUAAUUAGAAACAAUAUAUUUGUAUCUAUUUUGUUACUUUACCGGUCACACUUUUUUUUUAAAUUUUUUUUUAGACUUAUGUAGUUAACUUAACUGAAAACAAUGAUGAAGUACUGAUGUCAGAAUUCAGCGGUCGGACUUUGUUUCGAAGUUAUGGCCUAAUGAAGUUCGAUAUAUUGCGACCGGAGCCGGCAGGAUACCAGGAUAAAUCGCAAAAUUUGAAAAUGUAAUACAAGGGUCAAAGAAAACAAUAGUGACUAGUCUCUCGUUAUUAUGUGGUCGAAAAUAUUUAAAGCCAGCAACCAUGGACUUGUGCGCGGUGUGGCCAUAUAUUCGGUCACUUGGCCGGUGAGCAGCUUGAUACAACAGGCACUACAGCCGUCUGGCAACAAAAACAUUGAUUUACAACGAGCGGCCAAGUUUAGCGUAUAUGGUGGACUCUAUGUAGCACCCACUUUAUAUGCGUGGAUGAGAUUUGCCAGUUAUGUUUGGCCUUCGAUGACAAUUACUAGUCAUAUAACUAAGGCAGUUGUUGAACAAUUUUCAUAUGGUCCAUUUGCAAUGGCUAGUUUUUUUUUCUUUAUGACACUUCUGGAUGGAGGUACAAUAGAAGAUGCUAAAACGGAAGUUCAAGAAAAAUUUGUUUCUACCUGGAAGAUAGCUGUAAUGGUUUGGCCAGUAUUACAAACAAUAAAUUAUUGUGUUAUUCCUUCAAAGAAUCGCUUGAUAUUUGUCAGUAUAGCUGGAUUUGUAUGGACCACAUUUUUAGCAUAUAAAAAGUAUGAAAAGAAUAAAUCUAUAGAGAUAGCUGAUAAAAAAACUGAUUUAUAAUCAACAUUUUACAUUUAUUUGACUGUUAUGUAAUUAGUCUUUUGACAUUCUUUGUUAUUAUUGAUUGUUAUUGUUAUUAGCUCUUUAAACUAUUGUUGCCAAAUAUUAUAUCUACUUAAAUAUAAUUUAUGUCUAAACUUUGAUCAGUGGUGGAUUUACAGGGUAGAGGGGAUAAUAUCAUCCAUCCCACAGAAUCAAAAAUACCUUAUACAUAAGUAUUAUUAAAUGUUUGAUAAUAUUUUCAGUCAACAUGAUCCAUUUUAUUAUAAGUAAUUCCUUCAACAUGACUCUACCUACCAAAAAAAUUGUAAAUACACCAUUUGUUAAUAUAGUAUUACAACUUGUGAAAUUUGUAUUUUGAAAAGUUGCAAUACAACUUGGUAAAUUCCUAUUUUUGUUAUUUGACAACACUAGUCAAAAGAAUCGUUAUUUAGUUAAAUAAUUUAUAUUAAUGCAAUUAUUUAUUGAAUGUUAUAUUAUAAAGUCCAAUCAUGGGUUUUCAGUUUUGUAUAAAUGGACCGACAUUUUAAAUUUUGAAAUGUUCAUAAUCCAUAUUAUAUCAAAAAUGUUCUUAAUUAUUUGAAUAUAAAUUGUUUUUGAGUUACCAUUAUUGUACUGUUGAAAUGUAGAUAAAAAGUGGAACUUUUGUUCAUUUGAAUUUUACAUAUUAUAUUAAUUUAUAUGUAUAAUGUAUUAUGUAUAAUUGUUUAUGUUUUCCAAUUAAUAUUUACAUGGCCAGUACAUCUGAUUUACCUAAAUAAUUUUACCAUUCCAUUAUAUAUAAAUUGUUCUCAACAAUAACAAAUUAAUAAAUAAAAAUAUUAUUGUAAAUUGUUUUUAUUUUGAUGAUAAUUAUAGCUAUUUUUAAUGAAAGUAAGGAUUUUUGUGAUCAGGUUUUGUCAAAAGAAAAGUGUUAAUAAAAAUGUAUAAUGAUUAAUCAGUUAUUUUUUUAAGAUUUUAGUAUUGUUGACAGAGGUAGAUAUUAAAUUUGUACAUUAUGUUAAUGUGCACGGCCGGAAGUCAGUAUUUUUUUUUAAAUUGUGUCACAUUUAGUCACUUUAUUAGAAAAUAAUCUAUAUGUAUGUCACUUAUUAUUUAAAUUAGCCUAAAUUUAAAUUAUUUAUUAUGUAGGUCACUUUGUCACUUUUUUAAAUAGAUUUAACCACUUCCAGCCCUGUUAUGAAGAUAGAUAACUAAUAAUUGUACUAUUAUUAUUUUAACAUUACGGUCAAUGACCGACACAACAAUAAACAUCAUGUAUUGUUUAGAACUGAUUUAUCAAGACUACUUUUGUGAAUGUUAAGUAUAGGUGAUUAUUGAUAAAUAAGUAAUAAAUAUGUUAUAUUAAUUAUUUAUA